GGUGGAAGUCGGUCUAUCCAUCCUCCUCUUCCUCCCGACCAUCUCCCUCUGCUGCCUCCUCAUCAUUAAUCCGCAUGUGCAUAUAUAUAAACACUCUCACAGAACACCCUCUCUAAUCUCUUUCUCCACAACCCAAAAUCCAUAUACCCCUUUAAUCCCCAUCUCAGCUCUUAUUUAGUUCUGGGCAAUUCUAGAGCCUAAAUAUAUAUCUAUUGUUCAGUCAUCGAAAUUGAUUAGUGUAUUGUUCAAUAAUUGAUCACAUGAUGAAGGUGAGGAAGAUGGGUAGUAGGAAGGCGAGCAUGCUGGUGAGGUGCCUGAAGGCACCCUUCAAGGCGCUGGCGAAGGCUGGGGACUUGUACAUUAAGGGCAUGACCGAGUGCGCCGGGCGUCUCAGCAACAGCAGCGCCAUGGGCUGCCCCACCGGCCAACCCAUGGACUUGCCCAGGAGCUUCAGCGUCAGCUCAUCGUCCUGCCGGCAAGGCGGCGGCGCCGACGAGGAGCUGGCGGAGCUCGUGAGGGCGGCUUCCAAGAGGAGCGUCGUUCCGCAGCUGCCGCCCGACGCUGCGGGUGAUUACGAACAAAUGCGUCGGAGUUGCAGCGCGGCGAUAGGGAGGAUCGACGAGGAGAAGCCUUGCGAGUUUGGGGAAGACGAUGUCAAGGUUAAGGCGGUGGCGUAUCCAAGGAGCAGAAGCUAUGCCUCGCACAAACGGUUGCUUUGAUUUAUAAUUCUGCAAUUAUGGUUGAUUGAGUGAUGAUUUAGGAGGAGACGAUUAAUCGAUCUCUAGAUUCUCUUUAUGUAUGCAUCUCUGAACGAGAAUGAAUCUGUUCACUGCUAAUUGAAUGAUUGUCAAGGCUUAUGAAA